UCCAGUCACACUUCUCCACGUAUUCAGAAGACUUCUGCGCCUGAAGAUGCACCUCUCAAGCAGCUCCACUUCCUCCACAAAGACCAUCUGCAGAGCAGCAUCCGAGUUGGAGAGGUCUGACUCCAUUACGUCUCAGAGAUUCCUCGGUCGACGGCAAAGCUUGAUCGAGGAUGCGCGUAAGGAGAGAGAAGCCGCUGCGGCCGCGACAGAUGCUGCAGCGGCCAGUGAGCAGAUCGUGUUUGAGGAGGAGAAUGGGAAAGCACUGCUCAACCUCUACUUCACUUUGAGAAACUCCAAGACGCCUGCACUGUCGCGGACACUCAAGGUUUUUGAGACAUUUGAAGCUAAGAUUCAACAUUUGGAGACGCGACCAUGUCGUCAGCUCAACGACAGCCUGGAGUACUUUGUUCGAUGUGAGGUGCACCUCUCAGAUGUUAGUACGCUCAUCAGCUCCAUCAAGAAGAAUGCAGAGGACGUUAAAACCACCAAAGAAGUCAAAUUCCAUUGGUUCCCAACGAAAAUAGCAGAUUUGGACAAAUGUCAUCAUCUGGUCACAAAAUUUGAUCCAGAAUUGGACAAGGACCAUCCUGGCUACACAGACUCUGCUUAUAGGCAGAGGAGGAACAUGAUUGGAGCCCUUGCCUUCAGAUACAGACAUGGCCACUCGAUUGCCAGAGUGGAAUAUACAGAGGAUGAGAUUGGCACAUGGAAGGAAGUCUAUUCAACUCUGAAGGACCUGUAUAGCACCCAUGCCUGCAGUGAAUACCUUGAGGCCCUCAGUCAGCUGGAAAGGCAUUGUGGGUAUAGUCCAGACAACAUUCCUCAGUUGGAAGACGUGUCAUGCUUCCUUAAAGAGCGUACAGGGUUCAUGUUGCGUCCAGUAGCAGGUCUGCUCUCAGCCAGAGAUUUCCUGGCCAGUUUGGCUUUCCGGGUGUUCCAGUGCACCCAGUACAUCCGUCACGCCUCCUCCCCCAUGCACUCCCCAGAACCUGACUGUGUGCAUGAGCUGCUGGGCCACGUGCCCAUGCUGGCCAACCGCACGUUUGCCCAGUUUUCACAGAACCUUGGUCUGGCAUCACUUGGAGCUUCGGAGGAAGAUAUUGAGAAACUAUCCACACUGUACUGGUUCACGGUGGAGUUUGGCUUAUGUAAACAGAACGGCGAGGUGAGGGCUUACGGAGCUGGACUGCUCUCGUCCUAUGGAGAGCUUCUGUACUCACUGUCUGGUGAACCAGAGACGAGGCAGUUCGAUCCAGAGGCGGCAGCUGUGCAGCCCUACCAAGACCACACCUACCAGUCUGUCUACUUCAUUUCUGAGAGUUUUUCAGAUGCCAAGGAGAAAUUCAGGGGGUACGCAGCCGGUAUCAAGCGUCCCUUCUUUGUGAAGUUUGAUCCGUUCACCAGCAGCGUGGAGGUGCUGGACAACCCACUGAAGAUCCAAGAAGGCCUAAUGGGUGUGAAGGACGAUCUUAAGAUACUGACUGAUGCCCUCAGUGUUUUGUCAUGAUGACGGCCCCGCCUGCGACCGCCCUGCCGUCGUCCGCUUCGUCUCCCCACUGCGCUCUGAGACGUCUGACGUGUGAUCAAGACCAAUGUGUUCAUCUUUCUGUCUUGUAGCUCCAGCAUGAUGCUGUUUCUGAUGAGUUAAAAGUAAAGGUAGCAACCAUUAAAGCCUCAAACCCCAGUGCAGGCAAUGUUUCCAAAGAUGUUAAACACUUCGCUGGGUGGAAUGACUGGGUUUUACAGAACAGGCUAUUCAUGCUUUUGAAACAUGUGAUAUAUUGAAUAUAUGCAUUUCAAGAAAACUAAAUAUAAAGAAAUAAACAUAAUGGUCAAACAAAAUCAAUUACACAUAUUUUUAUUUCUAAAUAAAAUAUAUCUGCUGUGUUGAAGGCUUUAUUUUCCAGAUAUAUGUUUAAAGUAUUUGAGAAUUGGUUUACUUCUAAAUUUGUUGAUUUGUCUGGUUUUAUGCUGUUUUGGUCUUGCAUGUUAUACACAUAAUAAAAUGAUAUCAAAACCUA